AGUUUCGUACCGGUACUACCCGUACUCGUACCCAUCAAUUGAUCAAUAAUUUUGUGCAUCCGAGUUGUGAGAUCUGAGGACAAUCUGAAAGGAAUCUAGUUCUSAAUGGCUUUGUUGAACUCAGUCCGGUCGACAAAUUAGAAAGAGCUAGAAAAGGCCUCAAAAUUUGACKGGAACAUGGAUGGGAAAAUCCCCAAGAAUAGCUGUGAUGGGAUGGACACAGCAAUUGACGGGGUCGAUGGGGGUUCUUCWCUGUCGCCAUCGGGAGUGCCGAGGCCGAUUCCGGUCGAGUCUGUUYCACCUGAUACCAAGCCCAUGACAACGGAAACAAAGAAAAACAUCAUUGUUUUCCAAAACGAGCAGAACUUUUCUCUCGUCGAAGUACUCGAGGAAAAGGAGCACAAAGAAGAAGACCGGGUUCGGGUCACCACAGCCCUCUGCCUCMACSUCGAACCGAAAGCUUGCAGCCGAGUAGUGAAGGAAUUGUCGGCGACGCUGCCUCUAGAAGAUGGYUUGUCCCAUUUGAAACGAGUGCGGAGGCGGGUUCUGCCAAUGCCGUCGUCGCUUCCCGAAGCGAAGCCAGCUUUGGAAACAGAAACAUCACAAGCAACGAAGUCCACAACGACGACAUCAACGAAGACAAASCACCAGCACACCAAAGAGGGAAACCCAUCCUUUCCUGUAAAGAAGGAGGAAGGGGAAACAGGUGCGAAAAGYAAAGCCGCGGCGGAAACAUUAUCAUCUUCUUCUGGCCAAAAGCGACCGAAGAAACGUCGGAAAAAAUCAUCGUCGAAACAAAACUUUGUCCUGGAAAUCUUGAUUGGAACACGGUCGCACCUGGUACAACGAUCCAAGCAACAGAAUCCUUCCUCCGAAUUGUCCUUGACGAAAGUACAUCCGAUCGUUCGCGAGUUUGGACCUCUCUACGAGGUUGUGGUUCCCAAGUACGAACCCCGGUCCGAGCAAGAGUGGAAGGAACACAACCAAUCCUGGCCGACCCAUUAUUAUCCACUCAAGUUCGACGAACACCUGCAACACAUACAACAGCAGCAAUCGGCUCUGUCCCAGCACGAAAUCGACGACAUGCGAGAAUUAAUGGAGCGGUGCAUYGMGACCAKGUCCGUCUUGAUUGUAGAUCCGAAUCACGAAUCACGGAAUCGGAAGGAAUCGGCCGCUGCUAGCGAUGCUAUCCAUGCURCAAAUGAAAAGAAACGACAAAAUAAAACAGCAUCCGACCACUGUACAAUCGGCAUCAUCGAGARCGAUAACAACARAUACAACAAUGACAGGCGUCGUGUUGAAGCUGGCAUUGUGAGCAUUUCAACAAACGAACAGGAACUGCAAGGUGCAAACCAACAAAAAUUUCACAAUCCCCUCGCGACACCCGUUCUUUUUGCCAUCCAGGGCGUUAGUCGGCGGGAGCGAGAAGCCACCGCAGGCAUUCAGAGCAGCGACAAAGACGUAGCUGAGGGUUCUCGCAAUGACGCCUAUUCCAAAAUGAAAGUCAGAGCCAUCGCAGAGCAGCAGCUGGAUACAGCCAUUAGCGCAGGAUCAACACCAACCACCGACGAUCUUCCCGCUGCUGCUGCCUCGGGGCGCCACAACUCGUACCCUUUGGGAACGCGCUUGAAAAAAUUCUUCGCGAAGCAACGGGCCUGGUACCUCGGAACCAUCSUCUCAUACGAUACCGAAUCAAGRUUUUAUUUCAUUAAAUACGACGAUGGAGACACCGAGGAGUUGGAGCACCACGAGAUCGACACGAACUUGUCUGAUCUUCCGACCAGCAAGUAUGAGGAAGGAUUCCAGUACGAGACUAGGAAARCAUACAAAACGAAGAAACGCAAGACGCGGGGGAACUCAAAAGCACAUGCUGAUCUCRUAUGCUGGGUCAUCGGGACRGUGAAAUCCAGGUACUUUUACRCACCGAAGAAGGCCAARGGAUUCUGGUGCUAUCGUGUAGUCUUGGAAGGSUUGAAWGGGGAUAUYACGCAAGACGUCGACGAAGAAUUCAUUACGAGAAGCAUAGAAGACGCCAAGAGCAAAAAGGGCCACCUCGCACACCUCGGCUCGCCGCUAUCGGUAGCAACAAGCGAGCCAUCACAUGCUAAGCCAGAAUUCACCAUUUCCAAUGGAGGCACAGGUCGUGACCAACCACAGGACGCAACAAAAACAAAUGCAGAUCACGACCAUGGCGACCAUGGCGACAACCAACAGGAGCUACCAACCGGUGGAGGCAAAGAACUCGGUGAGAAAAGCGAAAAACCAAAACAGGAACAAACGAAGGGGCAAUACAUAUGCACGGGAUACGACAUGUACAGCUUUUACGAGCCUUCGGUUUUCGAGGCGAUGGCGUGUUUGCAUUCUCGAUUGAGGCGUUUGAUCUACUUCGUUCCCUCCAAGGGGAGCGAUAUUCAGYCAACUGCAAACAAUGCCGUCUGGAGUCGUGGCAUUUCGAGACACGGUGUUCACCACUUGCCGGGAACAAAUCACAGCUAUAGAGCCUUUGAAUAUCGGCGAUCGUCGUUUUCCUGCUGAAGUAAAARCGGGCGGAGCAUCAAUUAUAUGAUUCGCUCAUCCAGAUGUGCUAUGUCAUUGCMARUAAUUGUAGUUUAUCUCCUAAGAACAAGAACAGGUAUUUUUUUUGGUAAUCUUUUCGUAGCAAAUCACCUGCAAACACUACGUAUAUACUAUCUCUGGUGUUAUACUACAAAAACCUAAUAUUUCUGUUUUUGUUCCAGAAAAUCUGUCAAGCACAAUACGACUCCACCUUUUCUUUUAUUUCUAGUACUAUUUACUACCAGUACCAUAACAAAACAUUUUUUAGAGU